AUGUCGUCGCACAACGGCAUCCUGCAGAGGGCUGGCCUGCUUCCGUUCCACUGCCAGAUCGUCAAUUCGUUGGUUCCAGGACCAGACGAUAGUCCCGACGAGGGCGAUGCGCUGGUCAUCGUAGCGAGGGGACUAGGGCUUCGUAGGAUCGUCAGUACAAUCCUGCGCAUAUAUGAUUCGCCAAAUAGCCUCGUGCUAUUGGUAAAUGCCACGUCCGAGGAAGAGAGUGGCAUUGGAGAAGAGCUCACCACACUGGGUGUUCGCAAGCCGGGCCUUCGGGCUAUACACCACGAGAUGCCUGCCAAGCAGAGAUCCGAGAUGUAUCUCUCCGGAGGUAUCAUGAGCGUUACAUCGAGGAUUCUCGUCGUCGACAUGCUCAGCAAGAGAAUCCCCACGGGGCUCAUCACAGGACUUGUAGUUCUGCAUGCGGAGAAAGUCACCCCGACAUCGGUCGAAGCAUUCAUUGCGAGGAUCUAUCGUCAAGAGAACAAGGAAGGCUUUCUCAAGGCGUUCUCGGACAAUCCGGAACAUUUCACGAUGGGUAUCAGUCCACUACAGACCGUGCUCAGCCAGCUGCGGAUCAGAAAGGUGGAACUUUGGCCACGCUUCCAUCAACAGACGAGCAAGGACCUCGGGCAACGAAAGGCAGAUGUCAUCGAGCUCCACCAGCCUUUGACACGAUCGAUGCGCAACAUCCAGACAGCAAUCAUCGAGUGUCUUGAUGCGUCGCUGUCGGAGCUCAAGCGAGGAAACGCAAACGUUGAGACGGACGACUUUUCGAUCGAGCAUGCCAUCUUUCGGGCUUUCGACGUCGUUGUGCGAAGGCAGCUUGAUCCAAUUUGGCAUCGAGUCAGCGCCAAAACCAAGCAGCUGGUGGGCGAUCUCACCACCCUUCGCAACCUGCUCAACUAUCUUCUGACUUACGAUUCAGUGACAUUCAAUUCAUAUCUCGAGACAAUCCUGGCAUCGAGCACAACGACUGCCAAGGGCACCACACGCCAAAACCAGUCCGCCUGGCUCUUCAUGGACGCGGCGAAUGUCAUCUUCCACGAGGCGAAACGGAGAGUGUACGUGUGGGACGAGUCUCGUCCCCAGCAGCCGCUGACAGAAGACCAGAGCUAUGCAGAUGACGAGGAAGCGCUUCGACAAGCGGAAGGAAGUCGGGAAACGCUCAGGACAGCCCACGAAGGGCCGAUCCCGCCCGAAGUCGAGCCCGUACUCGAAGAGAAUCCGAAGUGGCAUCUGCUUCAGGAAGUUCUCGACGAAGUAGAGCAAGAGAUACACUUCAAUGUCGCUGCAUCUGACUCGGAAGCCGGCAACACAAUUCUGAUCAUGUGCGGUUCGGAAAGAACGAGCAUGCAGCUACGUCAGAUCAUUUCCUCGAUGGACGAAUGUCCUCCGGGACAGCCCGGCAAAAAACUCAUGCAACAGCUGCUAAAGUCAUACUUCUUGUGGAAGGGCGGUCUGGGGAAAAUAAACGCCGAGCAAAAGGAGGGACAGGAAAGCGGAGACACUCGAACAACGUCAAACGCGGCACAGGGCUCCUUGCCACAGGCAGGCCCCAUCAACGAAGCGCUCAAGCGGAAGCUUGCUUAUCAAAAGGGGCAGCAGGCCUACGCCAACAAAAGACGUCGCCAACGUGGCGGGUCGUCUGUGCAAAGCUCGAGCGGAAGGUUUACCAGCGCGACGGAUGCAGCCGGACAAGCCAGCUUUCAGGCUGAGGCGGCACAGGUCUCUGACUACAUUGCAUCUACGGCAAACGGCAACGAGAACGAGGAUUCCGCCCCUGAAGCUCUUGAUGCCGAGCAAAUCUCCGACGAGAUUGACGAGGUCGAAUUCGACGCAUUUUUCGGGCUGCUCAGCAUGGAAAACCUGGUGGUCGUGCGUUCAUAUCGCGGCGAUCAAGAUGACAAGGUCCUUCAAGAGCUCCGACCCCGCUUCGUCAUCAUGUAUGAUCCUGACCCGGCCUUUGUGCGGAGGGUCGAAGUGUACCGAAGCACAAAUCCUGGCGUUGGCGUGCGGGUCUACUUUCUCAUUUACGCCGAUUCUGUCGAAGAGCAAAGGUAUCUCAGCGCACUCCGUAGGGAGAAAGAGUCGUUCGAGCGCCUGAUUCGAGAAAAGUCCAUGAUGGCCCUGCCGCUAUCUGCGGAUGGCCGACCAAUAGCGGAAGACGCGGAUCAACGAUUCCUACGCACGAUCAGCAGCCGAGUAGCAGGAGGACAGAGGUCUGCCACUGCGGAGCCGCCUCGGAUCAUCGUCGACAUGCGUGAAUUCAGAUCCAGUCUGCCUUCCAUGCUACAUGCCGCCGACAUCCAAGUCAUCCCGUGCACUCUUCAAGUUGGCGACUACGUCUUGACACCGACGAUGUGUGUCGAGCGUAAAAGUCUCUCGGAUUUGAUACAAAGUUUCAAUUCGGGUCGACUUUACACGCAGUGCGAGCUCAUGUGCGUCCAUUAUCAGCAUCCGAUCUUGCUCAUCGAGUUUGACCAAGACAAGUCUUUCUCGCUCAAGUCUACCGCCGACGGAAAAAUGACCGGACGCGCCGCCGGUACCGAGCUCGACGUACAAGCCAAGCUUGUAUUGCUCACCUCAGCGUUCCCCAGGUUGCGAAUCAUCUGGUCAAGUUCUCCCUUUGCGACGUCCGACAUUUUCGCCGAUCUAAAGCAGAAUUUCGACGAGCCGGAUGCUGCCAAAGUAGCGUUGGUAGGUCUGGACGACGUGCUCGAAGCGGAAGGCGGUACAUCAAGCGAGAUUGUGAGACGCGCUGAUUGGCAGUCGUCGAGCGAGCACUCCUUCAAUCUCGGCCCUCAGGACCUGCUUCGGGCACUGCCUGGUGUCAACACGAAAAACUUCCGCUACAUCAUGAGCCAGGUGCGGGACAUUUCCGACCUGUGCAGCAUGUCGCAGGAGGAUCUCAGCGAGCUCAUUGGCGUUGAACCGGCCAGACAGCUGACGCGUUUCCUCGAACGAGGCUUGUGA